AUGUCUUUUGCGCCUCAGAUGCAUGGCUCUUUCUUCUCUCAAUCUUGUCCUUCGGACACCUCUUUUAUGGAACUAUCUGUAGAAACGGAAAAGAAAAUUGCCACCCUUCAGGCAAAGCUCAACAAGAAACUCGGACCCGAAUAUAUUUCGCAAAGGCCUGGUCCUGGAGGAGGCCAGAAGCUGACUUAUGCUGAAGGAUGGAAGAUAAUCAAUCUUGCGAAUGAAGUCUUUGGAUUCAAUGGUUGGAGCUCCAGCGUAGUAAAUAUGACAACGGAUUUCAUCGAUUUUAGCGAAGAUUCCAAGCGAUUCUCAGUAGGCGUCACGGCUAUCGUAAGAGUAACCCUUCGGGACGGCGUCUUCCAUGAGGAUGUAGGCUAUGGCCUGCUCGAAAACUCCAAGAGCAAGGGCGCUGCUCUUGAUAAGUGCAAGAAGGAGGCUGUCACUGAUGCGAUCAAACGUACCCUCCGAAAUUUUGGUAAUCUUCUUGGGAAUUGUUUGUAUGAUAAAUCGUAUACGCAAGAGGUUGUAAAGAUCAAAGUUCCCCCGCCCAAGUUUAACAAGAAUGAAUUGCAUCGUCGACCAGAAUUUGAGGAUGUUCGUCCGGCAGCGAACGCAAGUGCCCCCAAUGGACCCUCCAAUGCGCUUCAUACAAGCAUCAAAUCCGAGCCUACAUCAGAAAUUUCACCACGAAUGGCGGCCAUUCUGAGCGCUACAAGUUCCGACAGCCCUGCUGAAAAUAAGGCUGAGUCCGCCGUGCCUCAACGUAUGCGCUCUGUUUCUGCGUCCAAUGGGUCAGGGAUCACUGUGCCGACGCCAGUCUUCAAAGAGAAGACAUAUCCAGGACAGUCAAAAACCGGGCUGAACACACCUAUACAAACACUAGGUAAUGCGCAAGUCUCGCGGACCAUCGGAGCUGAUCAAGCUCAGCCGCGACUGCAACAAUCUCGGGUCUCGAAAGAAGAUCCAAACCGAAGCAACGCAGAACGUAGAGUCAGUUUUGCACCUCAAACUGCUGUUGUACCAUCCGCUGCCCAGGAAUCGUCAAGCACUGGCGUCAGAAGCUUACAUUAUGCUGCUCCCGAACCUCUAGCUGAAGCUGUCAUCACAGACGAUGGCGAAGAGUCCUUCCAUUUUCCUUCAGAUGAUGAUGCAUUUCUUGCCGCUUUGCAAUUUGAGGAGGAUGGCCUUGGUCGUCCAAUCGAUUUUGAAGUAGACGAAGAAGUCAACGGAAGCUGCGUUGACUUAGAAGGCCAAGAUGUGCUUCAGCGACAGUCUACUGGAGGCAAUGCUCCGCUUCCUCAGCUGAAACAGCAGGCUUCUGUCAAUUCUCAACACCAUGUCCCGCCUUCCUGCCUAGAACGUGGCAAGAAUCCGUCGGUCAUAAGCUCGCUCAAGCGGAAGAGCCCUAUUUUACAAGACCGAAAUGCAUCAUCCAAGAACCUGCAAGCUGGCUCUUCUGUAUCGUGCGUUCCAGCAAUAACAACUGUGGAUAAUUCGAGUCGCUCAUCGACAAGUUCUCUCGGUGGUUUUCAUUCUCCUCCUGGCGUAGACCCCCAGAGUCUGAGACCUAUCCCACCUCCACCACCGCGCGCUUCUACAGGCCAAGCACCCACAAUUGGCCUCAAACGCAGCGCAGACGUAAUGCACGCACAAUCUGCACAGCCUUUGCGAAGGCAUGUACAAGGCAUGGGUCUUGCACCACACGCCGGCGGACAGAAGAGAGAUCCCCUCUCCAACCUAGAGGUUGGCGAAGGCGGCGCAGUCAAACGCCCGCGGCGUUGA